AUGUUAGAGAAGGCUAAAUAUGUCAUGGCCGACGAUGCCGAUGGGGACGUAGAUGUGCAGGCUGAUCCAGACGAAGACGAGCGCGCUGGCCGCGCAACGUUGUGGGACUUAUUCAAUUUUUCAUCUAAGGAGCAUGCGCUACCUUUGUCAUUGGCACUGAUCCUCUCGAUCGCUUCUGGCUUCGUCAUUCCGAUAUUAGCGAUAUAUCUAGGAAAAUUGUUUGACCAAUUUACGUCAUUUGGAGCUGGUCAAGUCAGUGCAGACAGCCUCAAGCAUAAAGUACUGAAAUAUAGUAUUACUCUAUGCAGUCUGGGCGGCGUAAGCGGUGUCUUGAACGGUGCAUUUUACGCCCUCUGGCUCAUGGUUGGGGAGUUGCAAGCGAAAACCGCACGAGAGACACUCUUCGCUGGAAUGCUGAGCAGAGAAAUGGAGUGGUAUGACAAGCGCACCUCCGGCGUGGAGGCAUUGGUAUCGCGACUCCAAACCCAAAUCAGAGAACUGCAGACUGCUACCUCACAGCCCCUGGGCUUUGCCCUCCAGAAUAUUGUGACUUCUGUUGCAGCACUCGGCAUAUCCUUCUACUACGCAUGGAGUCUGACCCUUGUCACCCUGGCAGCGGUUCCUGCAUCAGCAAUCUUCCUAGCAUGGAUCUCAGCGAGUAUGCAACCUGCUGUGGACGCGCAUACCACUGCCUUGACUCAUGCUUCAAAGAUGGCAACCAACGCCCUCUUGGCUAUCGAUACGGUCAAAUGUUUCAAUGGUCAAGACCAAGAGAUCUGGCAGUAUUCAAAGGCAAUCAGUAGAGCUGCGAGGUCGUUUCUCAUCCAGGCUCGGGCCAACGCAUUUCAAAUAGGGCUGGUUCGCCUAGUAACGAUGAGUAUGUUCGUACAAGGGUUUUGGUACGGUAGUCAUCUUGUCAAUAUUGGCAAAAAGAAGCCUGGCGAUAUUGUGACAGCUUUCAUGUCGGCACUGAUGGCUGCACAAGCUGUAGAGCAAAUACUUCCGCAACUUCUUGUCCUUGAGAACGGAAAGGUCGCAGGUGCUACUCUGAAACUCAUUCAUAUACAUAUCGAAAGGGGCCGUAGAGUCACGAGGAUGCUUGGAUCUCACGUACCCCCGCACUGUGAUGGAGAUAUAGAGAUACGAAAUCUGUCCUUUUCCUAUCCUUCACGGCCGAGCCAAUCAGCUCUAGAAGAUGUCAACCUUUUCUUUGCUGCAGGAGAGACUACUUUCGUAGUUGGCAGAAGUGGAUCUGGCAAAAGCACUUUGAGCAAUCUAUUACUUCGCUACUACGCUCCAACGACCGGCGACCUCCUACUCGACGGUAACCCAUUACAGUUACUCGACCUUCAUUGGCUUCGGAACAACAUCACCCUCGUGCAACAGCAGAGCGUAUUAUUCAAUGAAACUAUCUUCAGAAAUAUUGCCCUUGGCCGCCAGAGAUGGCGUAAUGUUAGCUUGGAAGAGGUCAAGGAGUCUGUCAGACUGGCACUCCUACAAGGCGUUGUCCAAGACCUACCACAAGGCCUGGAGACAAAUGUCGGCAUUGGUGGAAAUGCAAUGAGUGGGGGUCAAAAGCAGCGGAUUGCCAUAGCUCGUGCACAUUUCAGAGACACACCGAUCCUUAUCCUUGAUGAAGCCACGAGCGCUCUGGAUCAUACGACAAAGAUUCUUGUCGUGGAAGCCAUCAGAGAAUGGCGCCGAGGUAAAACGACCAUCAUCAUCACUCAUGACAUGUCUCAGGUGUUGGAUCAUGAUUUUGUUUAUGUGAUGGAGCAUGGCCAGGUUGUUCAAGAAGGUUUCAAGCACACAUUAGACGCUACAGAUACACUAUCCCUCAAUGCAAUGGCCAAUAGAGAAGAUCCUCUGGUUCAAGAUCCAAACAGCGAUGUUCUGGAUGAUGAUGAAUUGAUACGUCGGCCAAUUGCUCCCGAUGAGCCGAUGGAUGUUGACAAAGGUUCCACACGAGAGCCACGAUUCGUUCCAAGCAUGUUCAAUUCGCCGAAGGUGCCAAACACUUCCAUUGGCUCACCAAUACCUCUGUCGCCCUUUUCACCCACAGGUUUCAAUAUUGGACGCCCAAUGGUGUUGUCGCCAAAGUCUCCUCGCUUCAGAUCGAUCACAGCGCAUACAACAAAUUCUGACUUGAUCCAGAUGUCGAACUUGUUCACAGGUUCAAAAACUCAAUUUAGAGAUUUUCCCAUCCCGAGGAUAUCAGGUCGAGCGGCUGACAGACGCAAGUCGAGAAGGGCUGCACAGGGUGACAGGUUAUCAACUGCUCUACGUUCAAUUGACCAAGGAUCAAGUCACAGACGCAUUCAUAAUACAAAACGGAAGAGUCAAGGAACCAUUACAAUCAGGUCAAUUCUGCAGACAGUCUGGCCCUCCUUGACACUUUUUCAACGCUUGAUACUGAUCCUUGGCUUCAUUAUUGCUGCUGUCCACGCGGCAGCAACUCCGAUGUUCUCCUGGGUAUUCGCAAAACUACUUGACACUCUGAUACAUCAAGAGGGCAACCCACAUUCAGCAGAGGCUCGAAAAUGGUCGAUUUCCAUCCUUGCAGUCGCGGCGGUAGACGCAGUAGCAUCUUUUUCUAUGCACUAUCUACUCGAAUACUGUAGUCAAUGCUGGAUCGAUUCUGUGCGUGUGGAAGCUUUGAAGCGGAUCUUCGACCAACCUAAGUCCUGGUUCGAGCUGGAGAAGAACAAGCUUGAGCAUCUGAUGGAAUGCCUCGACCGCAACGCUGAAGAAAUGCGAAAUCUUCUGGGGAGAUUUGCCGGCUUCGUUUUCGUUGCAGUCGUGAUGAUUUCAGUAGCUAUAAUCUGGAGCUUGUCACUUAGCUGGAAGUUUACUCUCGUCGGCCUUGCUUCGUCCCCCUUCAUGUAUGGGGUCACUCGUUGUUUCGAAGUCGUCAGCAGCAAAUGGGAGAGCAAAAGUAAUAAUGCAGGCUCAAAUGCGGGUAAUGUCUUCAACGAGACAUUCAGUAAUAUUCGCACCGUACGAGCCUUGACUGCCGAGGACUACUUUCAUCGAAAAUGCCUAAAAGCUACAAAGCGGGCUUUCAGAAUAGGACUGAAACGCUCUGGAUACGCAGGGUUCUUCUUCGGUCUCUCUGAUAGUGGAAUACUCUUCGUCACAGCCUUGAUCUUCUGGUAUGGCGCUCAACUCGCCGCUGCUGACCCAAGUGCUCUCAAGAAUAUUCUCACGGUGCUUACCAUGCUCCUCUUCAGCACCUCGAACGCAAAUGCCGUCAUCGCAUUUAUACCACAGAUCAGUUCAUCACGGACGACAGCUACCCGUCUCCUCAGGCUCUCGUAUCUCCCUUAUCGCAAUUCUCACGAGCAUACAGGCCAUGCUCGCCUCGCCCACCUGAACCAAAUCGACUUCGACUCCGUCUCACUAAUUUACCCCUCUCGACCAACCUUCCCAGCUCUCACUUCGCUAUCCUUGACCGUGGACUCCGUUCAGAGUCUCGCCUUAGUUGGCUCUUCCGGCAGCGGCAAAAGCUCCAUCGCCUCCCUCCUCCUGGGCCUCUACCCCAUCUCCGGUGGCACCAUAACCAUCAACGGCAUUCCUCUACAUAACGCUCACCUUCCCACGCUGCGCUCCCAUAUUUCCUUCGUGUCGCAACAACCAACUCUCUUCCCGGCCUCCGUAGCCGACAACAUCACCUACGCCCUACCCGAGCACUCUAUAUUGACGUCAGCCAACAAUAUUGAAGCUGCCGCUAAAGCAGCAGGAAUACAUGAAUUCAUCACCUCCCUUCCAAAUGGCUACGCUACCCUCAUUGGUCCUGGUGGAACAGGUUUGAGCGGGGGACAACAGCAGCGAAUUACAAUCGCAAGGGCCGUUGCGAGGAAACCUAGAUUGUUGAUAUUGGAUGAGGCGACCAGUGCACUGGAUCAUGAAACGGCGGGAAUCAUCAGAGCGCUGGUUGGACGAUUAAGGAGGGAGGGCGUGGGUGUGCUGGCAAUCACGCAUGAGAAGCGGAUGAUGGAGGUCUGUGGGGAGGUGGCUGUCGUAGACGAAGGGAGGGUCGUUGAGAAAGGGUCUUUUGGGCGAUUGAUGAGAGCUGAGGGAAGUAGAUUGAAGAGGCUUUUAGGUGAGGGAGAUUGA